AUGUGUGGUAUAUUCGCGUAUCUGAAUUACAACGUGGAAAGAGAAAGAAGAUACAUCUUACAAGUUCUGUUCAACGGUUUAAGACGGUUAGAAUAUCGUGGUUACGAUUCCGCCGGAAUCGCCAUUGAUUCUUCUUCAAAACCUCAAUGCUCUUCCGAUUUCACUUCCUUUCCUCCUCUUGUCUUCCGUCAAGAAGGCAACAUCGAAUCACUCGUCAAAUCCGUUUACCAAGAGGUUGGUGAAAUUGAAUUGAACUUGGAGGAAAGUUUCGGCACUCAUGCUGGAAUUGCGCAUACGCGUUGGGCUACACAUGGUGAGCCUGCUCCCAGGAAUAGUCAUCCACAAACUUCAGGUCCUGCUAAUGAGUUCAUGGUUGUUCACAAUGGUGUGAUCACUAAUUAUGAGGUUUUGAAGGCAACGCUGCUCCGACAUGGCUUUACCUUUACAUCAGAAACAGAUACGGAAGUAAUUCCCAAGCUUGCCAAAUAUGUUUAUGACAAAGCAAAUGAAGCAGCUGGUGAUCAGGUUGUUACCUUCAGUCAAGUUGUUCUGGAAGUUAUGAGACAUCUUGAAGGAGCUUAUGCACUUAUUUUCAAAAGUGUACACUAUCCUAAUGAGCUGAUUGCUUGCAAGCGCGGUAGCCCGCUGCUCCUAGGUGUUAAAGAACUGACAGAAAUUAAGGAAAACGGUUCAGCCUUUGAGGAAAACAAAUUCCUAUCUAAGGAUGGAAAGCCCAAAGAACUGUUUUUGUCCAGUGAUGCUAAUGCUGUGGUUGAGCAUACCAAGAAAGUGCUAGUUAUUGAGGAUGGUGAAGUUGUGCAUCUCAAGGAUGGUGGAGUUUCUAUUUUGAAGUAUGAGAAUGACAUGGGAGAAAAUGGCGCUUCACUCUCUAGAACUUCUUCAGUGCGACGUGCAUUAUCUGUUCUUGAAAUGGAGGUUGAGCAAAUAAACAAAGGACAUUAUGAGCAUUAUAUGCAGAAGGAAAUUCAUGAGCAACCAGAGUCUCUAACAACCACAAUGAGGGGGAGGCUUAUACGUGGGGGAUCUAGCAAAUCCAAGUCUGUUCUGUUGGGUGGACUGAAGGAUCACCUCAAAACCAUCAGGCGAAGUAGAAGAAUAGUUUUCAUUGGUUGUGGCACAAGCUAUAAUGCUGCUUUGGCAGCUAGACCCAUCUUGGAAGAACUUUCUGGUAUUCCUGUUACUAUGGAAAUUGCUAGUGAUUUAUUGGAUCGGGAGGGACCAAUAUACCGAGAAGAUACAGCUGUUUUUGUUAGUCAAUCUGGUGAAACCGCAGAUACUUUACUUGCACUGCAAUAUGCUUUAGACAAUGGUGCAUUGUGUGUUGGGAUAACAAACACCGUUGGCAGUGCAAUAGCAAGGAACACGCAUUGCGGUGUUCAUAUAAAUGCUGGUGCUGAGAUUGGUGUGGCAAGUACCAAGGCAUAUACAAGUCAAAUUGUAGUGAUGGCCAUGUUAGCUCUUGCAAUAGGAGGCGAUACUAUUUCCAAUCAAGCAAGAAGAGAAGCUAUCGUAGAUGGUCUUUAUGACCUGCCAAACAAAGUCAGAGAGGUGCUGGAGCUUGAUCAAGAGAUGAAGGAUCUAGCAAAACUAUUGAUUGCUGAGCAGUCUCUUCUUGUCUUUGGGAGAGGAUACAACUAUGCAACUGCUCUUGAGGGAGCUUUGAAAGUAAAGGAAGUGGCUCUUAUGCAUAGUGAAGGGAUACUCGCAGGAGAAAUGAAGCAUGGUCCUUUGGCAUUAGUGGAUGAAAAUCUUCCAAUUGUUGUUAUAGCUACACGUGAUGUUUGCUUCAGCAAACAGCAGUCUGUUAUUCAGCAACUUCAUGCCCGCAGAGGUCGCCUGAUAGUUAUGUGUUCAAAAGGCGAUGCUGCUUCUGUAUGCCCUGGUGAAUCUUGUAGGGCAAUUGAGGUUCCACAGGUUGUGGACUGUCUUCAACCUGUAAUUAAUGUAGUUCCAUUACAGUUGCUGGCAUAUCAUCUCACUGUACUGAGGGGAUUUAAUGUCGACCAGCCUCGUAAUCUUGCCAAGAGUGUUACGACGCAGUAGAGCAGUUUGUUUACUAAGGAGAGAGGGACAAUUUCGUUGAGUUCUCUUUCUAUUAUUCUGACAAAAGAUAAUAGAUAAUAUCAAGGCCCUUUAUUAUAACUCUUCCCAUACGCUGAGACAUGAUUGUGGUUGAUGAACACUUCAAUUCUUUAUCAUAGACAGGGUGACAUACUAGCAUAUUGUAAAUUGAUAGAUGUAGGCUCAGUGAUUUCAUGUAUUUGUUUGAUAUGGUUGGAAUGAGUAUAUUUUUUCGAUAAAAAUCAUUAUGGCAUGGCCUUACGUUACAGAGA